AUGUCGUGGCAGCAGUACGUCGAUGACCACUUGAUGUGCGAUAUUGAUGGCAACCGCCUCACUGCCGCGGCAAUCCUCGGCCAAGACGGCAGCGUUUGGUCUCAGAGUGCCACCUUUCCUGCGUUUAAGCCUGAAGAGAUAGCUGCCAUUCUGAAAGAUUUCGACCAACCCGGAACGCUUGCCCCAACUGGGUUAUUCCUUGGUGGGACAAAGUAUAUGGUGAUCCAAGGUGAAGCCGGUGCUGUCAUUCGAGGAAAGAAGGGCUCUGGUGGCAUUACUGUUAAGAAGACCAAUCAGGCCCUCAUCAUUGGUAUAUAUGAUGAGCCUUUGACUCCAGGGCAGUGCAACAUGAUUGUCGAAAGGCUUGGCGAUUACCUUAUCGAGCAGGGUCUGUAA